AUGCUGAGGGAAUCGGAUAUAGACUCUUUGAAUAACCAUCUCGCAUCCUUGUCCGUGGAAAACAAAAAGCACAAUGAGAAUCUUCAGAACCUACUUGAUCAGUUCCAAAAUCUUCUCGAAGACUACAGCUCUCUGCAAAGUGACUACGAAGAAGUGAAGGAAGGCCGAGAGAAAUACAAACGGCAGGCUCGUGGUCAGGAACGCAACCCUUUUGUACUGGUUCUUGUCGACGGUGAUGGCUACCUGUUCAAGGAGCACUUUCUUAAGGCUGGCAGCGAGGGUGGCAUUGAUGCCGCCCGCGAGUUGAGCGAUUCGGUGAAAGAGCUAAUGCACUCCACUAUGGGGCCGCAAGCAGACAACUGUCGCAUCAUGGUCCGCGUCUACGCCAAUAUGCUAGGACUAUCCAAGGUUCUUGCCCGCGCUGGAAUAGUGGGCCACGAAGCACGCUCCAUCUCACCUUUCGCCUCAGGAUUUAACCGCGCAGAGGGCCUGUUUGACUUUGUAGAUGCCGCUGACAAGAAAGAAGGCAGCGAUUUCAAGAUCAGAGAGAUGUUCCGUAUGUUUGUGGAUCUCAACCAAUGUCGGCAUAUCUAUUUUGCAGGAUGUCAUGACACGGGCUUUAACUCGCUGUUGACUCCUCAUCGUGGUAGUGACAAGAUCACUCUGAUCAAAGCCGCUUCUUGGCAUCGUGAUUUUGAAAGCUACGGCUUACCGGUCAAAGAGUUGCCAUCAGUAUUCAUGUCUACCCCAUUACCUACUACCAAACCGACUGGCCCGCUUAGCGUGAAGCCCGCCAAUGCCAUCAAUGGCGCCAAUGGCGCCAACGGCAAUAACACCAACACCAACACCAACACCAACGCCUACGGCAACAGCUCUAAGCCAGUUUGCAAGCACUUCCAAAAGGGAAUUUGCAGAUUCGGCAACAGUUGCAUCAAGCAACACAUCAUGCCAGAACAACAUCUGUCUAAGCCAGUGCCCGAAUCUCCUAAGAAACUGUGGUCUACUCCAACCAUCGUUGGUCGCUCAUUGGAACUCUUUUCUGCUACCCUCCCGCCUAAGUACAAAGAUUCGCAAGAGGUCAUUCCUAUCAAUAAGGACGGGGAUCGCCUCGAUGCUUACUGCCCUCAUCCCCCAGCGGACGCUAUGGACCGUUAUCAUCGCCGGGCCAAGGAGUCGAAGGUCUGCAACAGCUAUCAUCUAUCUGGAGAGUGUGGUGACAUGAGCUGCCCCUAUGACCACGGCGAUGUGUCCGACUCAAUCAUUGAUGUUCUGAAUUACCUCUCUCUCCAGUACCCCUGUCCUAAGGGUGGAGCUUGCCGGUCAAUCAAGUGUUACCUAGGACAUAUCUGUCAGAAGCCUAACUGCAAGGCCGUCAAGAGCUGGCAAUGCCGCUUUAACCAACGCGCACAUACCCUGGAUCUCAAUACUGAGAAGUGGGUUGCGUCUAUUGAACACAAUGAUGAUGAGAACUCGCAGUCGCCAUCGAUCAGCGAUGAGUCUGUCGGAGGCACGUCCUCCCAGAGCUUCAGCUAUGUCUAA